CCCAACUCUAUUAACAAUACACACAAUUUUAGCAUCGUAUAAAAAACAAGUCGGUCGGAGUUGCACUCAAACUCAAUUCGCCGCCGUAAAAGGCAACAGUGUUGGUGUCGUCGUUCGCCAGAAACAUCGACGAAUUCAAUUCAGCUAGCAUUGUUAACAUUUGCUCAUAAUAAAGAAGAUUAAGAUGUUGACAUCAAUGCAAAGUUGUGUUGGCUCUUCACCUCUACUAUAUCCAGGUAGUAUAAAUCAGCCUAAAGCGUUUGUUAAGUAUUCAAGACCGAACAUUGUUAGGAUGCAACGCUCACCAUAUAACAUCAAAAAAGGAGAACUUCAAACUGGAACUUUUCGAAGUUCGUCAUCUCGAUUCAAAUAUGCUGGUGCUUUGAAUGCUACAUGUGUUGCAACCCAGACUGUAACCCGCAAGCCUCAGACAGUUACAAUUACUCCUGAAAAAGUGAGGAGCCCUAGACUUGAUGACAACGGGCCUGGAUUGCCACCUCGCAAAGAUGAUGGCAACGGUGGUAAUGGAGGAGGAGGCGGCGGUAAUUUUUCAGCUGGAUUAAUCCUUUUGGGUAUUCUUGGUAUCCUAGACAUGCUUAAAGACAUAGAGGGUGAAGUGCAAAACAAAGUCAAAGAUUGGAAAUUUCACCAAGCUUGAAAGUUGGUCUUACAUAUGGCAGUGAAAUUACUUGAUCCCUUAUAUUUUAUCAAAAUAUGGACAAUCAAACCUAGUUAUCAAUGUCAGGAAAAUUGGGUUGAUCCUUUCUCUACCGCAUUCAAUAGAAGCCAAAUGGGGUGUGAUAUAUGGUUCUAAAUAAUGAGAUAUCUUAAAGCAUACACUUAUUCUUAGUGUUAUAUGUAAUGAACUUUAUAAUAGACAUACUAAUUCUUGUGGUGAAAUUUUGUAUUCAUUCACGUGGCUGUUAGAACCCACAAAAAGUUGUAGCAGAGGCAGUUGAUAUUAGAGCAAGUGUGUCAUAAAAGUGUUCAGUUUUCAUGUUGAGCACAAUGCCCAUGCAUUUUUUGAA